CUCUCUCUCUCUCUCUCUCUCUCUCUCUCUCCUUUUCAAACACACACUUGAAGGCUGGUGAAAAGAUGAGUGUGGGUAUGUUACGGUGGUUUCAGGUGGCUCCGGUGGUUGUGGUGGUGGCAUUAUGGGUAGUAUUAAUGUGUGAUGCAGAAUGUGGUUACGAAGGCAUCUUCAACUUUGGGGAUUCAAAUUCCGACACUGGUGGUUUUUGGUCAGUGUUUCCCGAAGCUCCACCGCCGAAUGGCAUGACAUAUUUUAAACGUCCAGCUGGCCGUGCUUCCGAUGGUCGUCUUAUCAUUGACUUUAUAGCGGAGAGGAUAGGGAUUCCAUUUGUGAGCCCAUACAUGAAGUCAAUUGGAUCGGAUUACAAGCACGGUGCUAAUUUCGCAACACUCGCAUCAACCGUACUCUUACCACAAACAUCCUUGUUUGUCUCCGGGCUCAGCCCUUUUGCAUUGCCCAUUCAACUCAACCAAAUGAAAUAUUUCAAGUCCCAAGUCGAUGAACUUUAUUCCCAAGGAUCAUCAAAUCUUCAUCUACCUGAUAUUUUUGGAAAAUCACUUUAUACAUUUUACAUCGGUCAGAAUGAUUUUACAUCUGAUUUAGAUAAAAGUGGUAUCAAUGGGGCUAAACAAAAAAUUCCUCAAGUGCUUUCACAAAUUACAAGCACAAUUAAGGAAUUACAUGGGUUAGGAGGUCGUACGUUUUUUGUACAAAAUUUGGCACCUAUAGGAUGUUACCCCGCAUUCUUGGUGCAACUUCCUCAUGGUGAUAAAGAUAUUGAUGAAUUUGGGUGUUUCAUUUCAUACAACAAUGCAGUAGUCGAAUACAACAACAUGCUCCAAGAUGCGUUAAGCCAAACGAGACAAGAACUCCCAAAUUCUAAUGUUAUUUAUGUUGAUUCACACAAAGCUUUGUUAGAGAUUUUCCAACAUCCAACUUCUCAUGGUCUGAAGUAUGGCACGAUAGCUUGUUGUGGAAAUGGGGGUGGUUCGUAUAAUUAUAAUCCUCGAGUGUUCUGUGGGAACACUAAGUUCAUAGAUGGACAAAAUCUCACUGCCUCAGCUUGUGAGGAUCCCGAAAACUAUGUGAGUUGGGAUGGAGUCCAUAUUACGGAGGCUGCAAGCAAGAUUGUUGUUGAUGCCAUCCUUAGUGGCGGCGAUGACUUCACGGAUCCUCCUUUUGAGAUUGGUUGUUAACUUUGGAAUAGUUUUUUUAUUUGCAAAAAAUCAUUAGAGAAUAAAUAAAGUGGAUCAGUAAAGCAGUACAA